AUGUACAGAACCAAAGUGGGGAAGGACCGCCAUCAGCUCUACAGGUUCAUCAUUAGCCAGCUGCUCUGUGAUGGCUGCAUCAGCAUUGCUAAUGGCCUCAUCAGUGGAAUCAAGCCUCAGUCUGUCUGUGCUCCCUCAGAGCAGCUCCUGCAUCUCAUCAAACUAGGAAUGGAAAACGAUGACACUGCAGUUCCGUGUGCAAUUGUCCAUUCCGACACGGUCCCAGGCACAAGGAUUGACCUGGAGUUCGAUGCAGAUGUCCAGACCAUGUCCCCAGAGGCUUCAGAGUAUGAAACCUGCUAUUUCACGUCCCAUAAAGGACCUUGCCGAGUAGCUACCUACAGUAGAGAUGGGCAGCUAAUAGCUACUGGGUCUGCUGACGCCUCCAUAAAGAUACUCGACACAGAAGGAAUGUUGGCCAAAAGUGCCAUGCCAAUAGAGGUUAUGAUGAAUGAAACUGCACAACAGAAUAUGGAAAACCACCCGGUGAUUCGGACUCCUUAUGACCAUGUGGAUGAAGUCACAUGUCUCGCUUUCCACCCAACGGAACAGAUCCUUGCCUCUGGUUCAAGGGAUUACACUCUGAAGUUAUUUGACUAUUCCAAACCGUCUGCAAAAAGAGCCUUCAAGUACAUUCAGGAAGCUGAAAUGUUACGCUCCAUCUCUUUUCAUCCUUCCGGAGACUUUAUCCUUGUUGGGACUCAGCAUCCUACUCUUCGGCUUUAUGAUAUCAACACAUUUCAAUGUUUUGUCUUGAAUCCUCAAGAUCAGCACACCGAUGCCAUAUGUUCUGUUAACUACAACUCCAGUGACAUCAUGUAUGUGACCGGCAGCAAGAAGGGCUACAAGUUGUGGGACAGUGUCUCAAAUCAAUGCAUCACAACCUUUGAGAAAGCACAUGACAGCGCUGAAGUUUGUUCUGCUAUUUUUUCCAAAAAUUCUAAAUACAUUCUUUCAAGAGGAAAAGACUCUGUAGCUAAACUUUGGGAACUAUCAACAGGACGAACGCUGGUCAGAUACACAGGUGCUGGCUUGAGCGGGCGGCAGGUGCACCGGACACAGGCCGUCUCCCAUCACACAGAGGACUACGUGCUGCUGCCCCACGAGAGGACCAUCAGCCUGUGCUGCCGGGACUCGCGCACCGCCGAGCGCCGGAACCUGCUGCCCCUGGGCCGCAGCACCAUCGUGCGCUGCAUCGUGCACUCGCCCACCAACCCCGGCUUCCUGACCUGCAGCGACGGCCUCAGGGCCAGGUUCAGGUACCGGACGUCAACCACGGACUAG